UAUAAAACUGAUAGUUUGAGCGACCGAAUAGUUAUCUCGGUACCAACACGAGAAUGUCUAGGGUACAACCAUGUUAUUUAGAACGUAAAAGGUGAACAGGUUUGUUGUAUUUAUCCGACGGAUCUAAUAAUCAAGUAGUUGGAGAGUAAAUAACGCAAUACGUUUUACUCUUCAAUAGGAGUAUAAGUAGCUUCUAGUGCUGUGGUGUAAAGAUGGACGCGGAAGGUGACCCUAAGGAGCACUGCUGCUCGAAGACCCGCUGUAGCGUAAUAGUGUUCGCUUUUUUGCUGGUCAGUGUGGCUGUACUAUGUGUUGUCACUUUUACGGGAGACGUUCGGAAAAGGGUUCAAUACGAUACGUCCGACCUACAGUGGUGGAAGACGACACCCGUCUAUCAGAUCUACCCAAGGUCAUUCAAGGACACCAACGGGGACGGAGACGGCGAUCUCAAUGGUAUAACAGAGAAGUUGUCGUACCUGUCCUACCUCGGGAUAAAGGCAGUAUGGAUCAGCCCAUUCUACAAGUCUCCAAUGAAAGAUUCCGGCUAUGAUAUCAGUAAUUACACAGAAGUCGACCCUCGGUUCGGAACAAUGGACGAUUUCGACCGUCUUCUGGAAGAGGCAAAGAAAAAAGAUAUCAAGGUGAUAAUUGACUUUGUGCCUAACCAUACAAGUAACGAGAGUGAAUGGUUCGUAGACAGCGAGAACAGGGAGGAAGGUUACGAUGAUUUCUACGUGUGGGUAAACGGCACAUCCGGCACGCCCCCUAACAACUGGAAAAACACCAUUGGCAAUUCCGCCUGGACGUGGAGUGAUAAGAGACAACAGUACUACUAUCACAAUUACCUCAUAGAACAACCAGACCUCAACUACAGGAAUCCCAACGUCAUAUCUGUUAUCCAGGAUGUGAUGAGGUUUUGGUUGGACAAGGGAGUGGCCGGGUUCCGGAUAGAUGCUGUUGUCCACCUGUUUGAAAGUGAAAAUCUUCAUGAUCAAGUGGAAGAAGAUGGUAAAACGAUACAAAACGAAACUGUGAAUUUACCCGAGAUUUUUCCUGUAAUUCAAGGUUGGAAGAAAUUACUAGACACAUACAGUGACCCGCCAAGGGUCAUGUUUUCGGAGACCACUUCCGUUGACAAAGACAUUGUCAAGAAAUACUACGAUGCCGGCACGAUACCAUUCAACUUUGACCUGGUCAAGAAAGUUAACAGAACGUGCGAUGGAUCGUGCAUGAGAGACGUCAUCAAAGAGUACACUAAAGAGACACUACGGUCAGACGACUGGCCGAAUUUCUUAACAGGAAGUCACGACUUCUCGCGGGUGGCUACGAGACUUGGAGAAAAUCGGGCCCGGGCAAUGGCCAUGCUUCUUCUCACCCUUCCUGGUACCCCCGUCAUUUAUUACGGCGAGGAGAUAGGCAUGACCGACGUACACUACACAUUCAACGAGAGUCGGGACACAUUUGGACUCCGACUUGGAAAGGACGGAUAUCUGAGUAAGACUAGGGAUCCUGAACGUUCGCCCAUGCAAUGGACGUCCGGUGUGAAAGCUGGGUUUACUAAUCAAUCCGUAACACCGUGGCUGCAUCUGAGUUCGGAAUAUGCCACAGUUAAUGUACAGGUGCUAAAGGCAAACGCUAGUGGGAUUUUGCAAUUGUAUAAAAAUCUGAUCGAGACCAGGAGGCACCCGUCAUUUGAGACCAAUACUCUCGAAUUUGCAGUAGUGACUUCUGAUAUUCUAUCUUAUGUACGAAAUGCAGAGGGCUGGCAGACGCACCUAGUCGUAAUCAAUCUUGGUUCCAAGAGUGUAACACAUGACUUUUCCUCCGGUCCAGUGUUCUCCACCAAAGGAAAAGUUGCUAUAACGACGGACGAUUCGAUCCAAGUCGGACAGGAUGUAGAUCUGUCAAGUGUUUCCGUAGGGUCUAAUCAGGGCAUUGUCGUUGCUGUCACUUAUCAAGAGCAUUAAAUGACAGAUUUUUUUUUUAUUUCAAUGUUGAAUUUAAGAGAGGUCGCGGAAGGGACAUCAUUAACCCAGAUGCUAUUUUCUCGUCUUUUUUGAGUUAUAAUAUAGUAUAUGGGGAUUUUGAGAAUGAACUCCAUUUCAGAAAAUAUACCUGGAUUGCCAGAAAUGAUCCUAUUAAUUAGAAAAGAUAAAUAAUUAUAUUUUAUAAUUGACUAAUAGAAUCUAUAUUUCCUGUGUGAUGUUAACAAAAGCAUCUAAACUCGAUGGUUAGGUUUUGGAAGUUAAGCACCCUCCAUGCAGGUUUCGACUGGGUGAACCUUUUUCUGUGUAGUUAUCAUAUGGAACCGGAAUGUAAUUGUGACGAAUGGACGAAACUUGUUUCUAUUGAUCUCUGGUGGAUUUCAUAACAAAUAUGUGAGACAAUUUUUUAUUAUGACAUGGUUUUGUCCGGGGUACCGUAAAGUUGAAAUAAACCUGUUUUUUUUAUCUGUAUUUGAAGAAAACUCCGAACAAACAUAAACAAGAAAACACAUUGUUUUAUUAUGCCAUAAAGGGCGAAAUUUCAUUUGUGCUUAUUACCGGACAUCCAAAAUGCCGACGGGCCAGGCGUGCGUUUCGCUCGUCAUUUUAAAUAUACAUUACACUGAUGGACAAUCCAAAUUGAGUAUAUUUUCCAGUAGCCUUGAUUCACUAUAAAUAUGUAUCUAAGCAUCUCUAUAUACAUUUUAGCAUGAAACUUUCUUCAUUUGUAUUUAAAAUCUAUGGCGUUCAGCAUUCAGGUUUAUUCAUCAAUUCAUUUUCAAUAUAUCUAGAACACAGUAAAAAUGACCUAUACUACGGAAUUAACUAUCUAAGUCCGUGCCUAUAACCCUGGGGAGAUGUAUGGAAAUGUUGUUUUAAAGAAAGGAUAUAAUAUACUUUCUGUAUAAUUCCAUCUUUAAAUAUCUAUGUUAAUAUUAGAAAAUGUAAAGUAUGCCGAAGAUGUUUAUCAUAAUCUGCAUGCUUUUCAAUGGAAAUACACUGUAUGACAAAGUUUUAUAUAUAAUGCGUCCACGAGAGGGUUCGUGUAAU